AUCGAUAGGCAUAUUCGGGUCCAAUCGUUCUUCGAUAUCGAGAUUUGAUGCCGAGCUGUAAUAGCUGAAAAUUAUUAUUUUCAUUUUGCAUACGCAUCGUUUUUGAAAACAUCAGCAACAUGGCCACGGCUGAAGCCCAGAUCGGUGUGAACAGGAACUUGCAGAAGCAAGACCUCAGCAACUUGGACGUCUCCAAACUAACGCCUCUGUCACCGGAGGUCAUCUCCCGACAGGCGACCAUCAACAUCGGCACCAUCGGUCAUGUGGCUCACGGCAAAUCCACGGUGGUCAAAGCCAUAUCCGGCGUGCAGACUGUGCGCUUCAAGAACGAACUGGAGCGCAACAUCACAAUCAAGCUGGAACGCUUGAGCGAAAAGAAAAUCAAGAAACUUUUGAGCUCCAAGCAGCAGCGACAGCAGUAUGAAAUCAAACAGCGUUCAAUGCUACGCCACCUGGCCGAAUUACGGCGACAUAGCCGAUUCCGCCGCCUCUGCACCAAGCCAGCUCCGUCUUCCAUGCCAGCAUCAACCUCCAGUGCAGCUAGACGCACCACCCGGCGAAGCACCAGUCAGAGCUCACUGAGUCCCAGCAAUAGUAGCGGCUAUGGCAGCGUUUUUGGCUGCGAGGAACAUGAUGUGGACAAAAUAUCCAGUCACAAGGGAUUCGCCAAACUGAAGCGUCGACGCAGCAGUUGUGUGGGAGCCCCGACUUCCAACUCCAAGCGGACGAAAAAUAACGAGGGACUAGUAGCCAAAAAGCCGCCCAAAGGAGAGUACGUUGUGGAGCGUAUUGAAUGCGUUGAGAUUGAUCAGUAUCAGCCAGUCUUCUUCGUCAAAUGGUUGGGAUACCAUAAUAGCGAGAACACCUGGGAAAGUCUUGCCAACGUGGCCGACUGCGCCGAAAUCGAGAAGUUUGUGGAGCGGCAUCAGCAGCUCUACGAGACAUACAUAGCCCAGAUAACCACUGAGCUUGAGAAGCAGCUGGAGGCAUUGCCACUUAUGGAGAACAUUACGGUGGCCGAAGUAGAUGCCUAUGAGCAACUCAAUCUGCAGAUCGAUCUUAUCCUGCUCGCCCAAUAUCGCGCUGCUGGCAGUCGAAGCCAAAGGGAACCGCAGAAAAUUGGAGAACGAGCCCUGAAAAGCAUGCAAAUCAAGCGGGCUCAAUUUUCACGGCGCAAGCAGUUGGCUGAUCUAGCAUUGUUCGAGAAGCGCAUGAAUCAUGUGGAGAAACCGUCACCUCCAAUACGUGUUGAGAACAACGUAGAUCUGGACACUAUAGACAGCAAUUUCAUGUACAUACAGGAUAACAUAAUCGGCAAGGAUGUGCCCAAGCCGGAAGUGGGAAUUGUGGGCUGUAAGUGCACUGAAGACACAGGGGAGUGUACUGCCUCUACGAAGUGUUGUGCCCGCCUCGCCGACGAGCUGUUCGCCUACGAGCGAAGCACACGGCGCUUGCGCCUACGUCCAGGAAGUGCCAUCUACGAGUGCAAUAGCCGCUGCUCGUGCGAUUCAAGCUGCUCCAACCGUCUGGUGCAGCAUGGACGCCAGGUACCGUUGGUUUUGUUUAAGACCGCCAACGGCAGCGGAUGGGGGGUGCGAGCCGCAACUGCCCUGCGUAAGGGUGAAUUUGUGUGCGAGUACAUUGGAGAGAUCAUCACCAGCGAUGAGGCAAAUGAGCGCGGCAAGGCGUAUGACGACAAUGGGAGGACAUAUCUUUUCGAUUUGGAUUACAACACAGCUCAGGACAGCGAGUACACUAUCGAUGCGGCUAACUAUGGCAACAUCUCGCACUUUAUCAAUCACUCUUGCGAUCCAAAUCUCGCCGUGUUCCCCUGCUGGAUCGAGCACCUGAAUGUCGCACUGCCGCACCUCGUCUUCUUUACACUGCGUCCAAUCAAGGCGGGCGAGGAGUUGAGCUUCGACUACAUUCGCGCGGACAACGAAGCCGUGCCCUACGAGAACCUCUCGACAGCUGUGCGCGUCGAGUGCCGCUGCGGAGCUGAUAAUUGCAGAAAGGUCCUCUUUUGAAUGGACUUGAAGUACUAUUUUUAAAUGGCACGUCCUUACCCACCUUAGACAUCAUUGCAUUGAACCUUUUUUUUUUUGUCAACAUAUAUAUGUUACUAAUUGGAUUUUAUUUUCCGAACAAUGAAUUGAUGACGUUUUAAUUAUUUAUUUGUUAAUAAAUGAGAAUAUCGUUUGGAUCUA